CGGCGGUGGGCGGAUCCCUAGGAGGGGGGGGAACUCGAGUCGUCGCCAUUCCUAGCGGCGAGAGCGGUGCGAGGCGGAGAUACUCCCCGGGGCGGGCGACCACACCGACACAAAGGGCGACCAACCUCCCCCACCCAGCGCUCCCCCCGUGAUCACCGACCGAUAUGGCGGUGUCAGUGGAUACCCGAACGCUCUCCCACCUGACCCUCAGCGAACUCAACCAGCUGCUGGAGGACGACAGUAAGCUGGGGCAGAUGGCCCAGGAGAUGGAGGAGACCCAGAGUGUGCAGCUGAACAAAGAGAUGACGCUUGCUGGAAAUAGAAGUCUGGCUGAGAAAAACCUGCUGUACCAGCCCAGAUUGGAAAACCUUAAGGCAGGCCUCACACAGAAAUACCAGGAGCUGCAAUCUGUCAUGGAAGCACAUCAAUUAAAGAAGACAAAGCUGGAUAAGCAGUCUGUUAAUGCCUCACUGGAAACCCUUUUGGCCCUUCUACAAGCCGAAGGAGCCAAGAUUGAGGAAGAAACAGAGAACAUGGCUGAGAAUUUCCUUGAUGGUGGCAUCCAGAUGGAUCCCUUUAUUGAUGAAUACUUAAGUAAACGCAAGUUAGCUCAUCUGAGACGUGUAAAAAUCGAGAAACUGCAGGAGAUGGUAAUGAAGGGGCAAAGACUUCCCACUGUGUCAAUGCAGCCACAGCAAAGACCUGAAGUGACCCAAUCACCUCAAGUUCAAUACCCAUCGAGCUUCAAUACACCUCCCGCUGUCAUGCCUAGAAGAGCAGUCCCACCACCUCCAGCCAGCCAACCUGGAAUGUAUCCUACUCCUGGGCUUCCAUAUGCAGCAUCUCCAUAUCCAUUGCUUCCUUCUAGGGACGGAUAUCAGCCUUCAAAUCCAAUGCCUCAGCCUGGAUACCCAGCUCCAUAUCCACAACAGUACCCACAACAGUACUCACAACAGUACCCACCUGCUAUUCCUCAAAGGCCCGCUCCACGACUCCCUCCCAACGCUGGCUUCAUUUUACAAUGAAACCACCUCCUUGUGCCUCGGAAAAACAUUGGUGCUUUCAAUUCCCCAUUAGUCAUCUUAUUCUAUGAGGUUUGCACAAACUGCAACAUGCAGAUGUUCAUAGAAGGACUGCUACUUUUGAAUGGCUGGUGAUCCACACUUCUCCUCACCUCCUUUUAAAUCUAGAUUAGAGAAUGUGGCAAGUUGAACGAACAGACUUCCUUGAGUGUGGCCUGAGAGAGUCCAAUUAAGAAUUUGUAGGCUGUGAUGAAAGGUGGCAGAUGAAAUCACAUGAUGAUGUCCACUGUAUUCCUCUUUAUCCAUGCUGAAGUAUGCACCUGAAUUGCUGCAUUGAACAUGUAUAGGCCUGUUGUAUCGCAGCCAUUGGUAACAUGAAAGAAAGAAAAUUAAAUAAAUCUGCAACCAGUGUAGAAGCGCACACAUGCUCUGGUAGCUUUCCCAUCCACUCAGGUUUCUAAGGACCUCUCAUAAUUGGACUUCUGCUGUGGGGGUCCAUGGAGAGUGUUGGACAAUCUUUGCACCACAUAUCUUACACGAUUUUCAAAGUUUGUCUUUAGUGGAUCCAAAAAAAAGUUUGGAAUGCAACGUUACGUUUUAGAGAAGCAUAUUGUAGGAUGUUAACAAGAAUAUUCAGGGAUCAGAUUGUACUAGCGAUCUGUAAUGUGGAAAUUAAAUACAGAUGGAGUAGAUGCAAAUUAAAAAAAAAAAACUAAUAAUUUUUUUUUUUGUUCUGAAAGCAAUGCUUUUACUUAUGCACGUGGCUUUAAUGUGCCUUAGACGAACUGCUUACUCUUGGGAGUCCACAAUUUUGCAUAAUUUUACAAAUGUGGCCAUUGUUUUACUGUAUGACUACAAGCAAAAGCUUGUUUUGCUGUAUAGAUCUACACAUGGGUUUUUACACAUGGCAACGUACGUGAUGCUACUUUGCAAAUGGUUACAACAUAAAUUGUAUAUUCUAGGCAACGUCUCUGUACUCGCUUUGAUAGUUUUUAAUGACACUUUGGAAAUACAUGAAAUCUAUGUAUUCCCACACGCCAUUUUCCUACAGCUGUAUAGCUAUAUAUAAUAGGUCUAGCAGUUUUAAUAUGUAUAUAAAUUAUUUAAUUUUUCCUGGCCUAUGACACACCAAGAAUAAGUGCCACAAUGCUUCUUGGGCGAGGUGAGUCGUUAGGACAAUUUUAAAGCCAUAUUUCUUAGGGUAUUAAAACAAGUAUCCCUUUCAUUUUGUAAAAAACAGUUGUGGUCUUCAUGAUAUCCCCCUGUAUUGUAAAAUGGGUUCUUUCUAAUCAAUAAGCAGGUUUAAAGGUCAUAUUUUAUAUGAAAAGCAAUUUUUAUUUAUAUUUGGAAUUUUAUACCAUUUGCUGUAUAAUAAUUU